AUGUUUUUCCUUAAGAAUUUCGAAGGUCUUAUCCUUCAAGAUAAGUAUCUAUUUAACAAGUAAAUAGGUAGAGGAAAUUAAGGGGCAAUAUACUUGGCAACUGUGCUAAAUUAGAAACCAGUCAUUUAGGGGGAAGAGUAAGCUUAAGUAGCUAUAAAAGUAGUCUAGCAUUAAGCCCUUAAAGCUAAAGAAAAAGAACUACUUUAAAAUGAAAUUUAAGCUCUUAAAGAAAUAGACUCCAACUAUGUUGUCAAGUGCAUAGAAUGCUUAAAUGAUCAAGAAAACACUUAUAUAGUGUUAGAAUACUGUUAAUAUGGCUCUUUAGAAGAAUAUUUGAGAAAGAAUUCCUUUAAAUUUAUCUCUGAAAGGUUUUUAAAGGAUUACUUUAAAUAAAUAUUGUUUGGACUUCAAGAGUUACAUUCUAAAAGAAUUCUUCAUCGCGAUAUUAAGUUGAGCAAUAUUUUAGUAAAAAAUGCAAAAGAAUUUAAGAUAGCCGAUUUAGGAUUUUGUAAAAAACUUGCAGAAGAUCAAAACAUAUGUCAGACUGUAUUAGGAACAAAAAUGUAUAUGGCUCCUGAGCUCUUAAAAAUGGAGAAAUAUGGGAUAGAAGCUGAAUUAUUUAGCGUGGGUGUCCUAUUCUACUUGUUAAGCUAAGGAAGGUUUCCCUUCGAAGCAAAUAGCCCACCUUAGCUUUUAAAGGCUAUUGAGAAUUAAUAAUUAAAAUUCGAUGACAUAUCUAAUGAGCUAUAGGAUUUACUUAGAAAAAUGCUUAAGUAUGAACCAAAAGAAAGAAUUUAAUUCAAAGACAUAUUUAAUUAACCCUUUUUCUAAGAAGAAGAUGAUGUCCUAUUUAUGAACUCCUCUCAUUGUGAAAGCGAAGACAUAAAAUUAAAAGUGGAAAAUCAUAUUAAGGUUUAUACUUAAAUUGAAAAUUAAAUAAAACCUAUUCCUCUUGAUGAAGAGAGUGAGGUCGCAGAGCAAAUUAAAUAAGUUAAUAAACCUAAUGAAUAACCACGUGAAUUUGGUUUAGUACCUCUCAGUUUCUAACCUCCUGAGAUAAAUAACAUUUAGAAUCCUAUGAAUUAGUAACCCAACAAUAAUUAAUUUAGAGCUUUCUCUAACUAAGGCAAUCCUCUCCAGGAUGAUCAAAAUAAACAGGUGUAAAAUCAAAAUAAAAAUUUAUAUCCAUAGUUAAAUAAUGUGAAUAGCUAGAGUCAAUAACAAAACUAAGCGAACAACUUUUUUAAUUUAAAUUAAUAGCCUAACAACUUUGUUCCUUUUUAGAGACUGUCUCUAUAAUAACAAUUAAAUAACCCUGUAAAUUAAAAUAAUUAGAGUGAUGCAACAUAGUAGUAGUAAAAUCAGCAAUAGUAACAGCAAUUCUAGAAUUAAUAUAGAACAGGAAAUAACAACAAUAAUAACAAUUUGGCUCCAAAUUAAAUUCCAAAUAUAGCAGGGUAAAAUUAAAUCUAAAAUAUAAAUAAUAAUUAGAUAAAUAUGAUGAAUCAAAUGCCUUAGUAAAAUGACAUUCUAAAAAAGUCAUCAUAGUACUAAUUCUAAUAAGGAAAUCAGAUAAAUGAGUUGUAAUAAAAGAAUAAAUAGAUUUGUGACGCUUUAAUGAAAAAAGCUGAAGAUAUUUAGGAGAACUAUCUUUAUCUUUUCCUAGCUAUGAGAAAUUUGGCUUAUUUGAGUGGAAAAUGUCUUGAAUUUAAAGUACCUUUCUAAUCAUAUAUAGGAGCUUCACUAUUCAUUCUCAAAUAGAAGUGCUUUAAUAUGAAUAAAAAUCUCUAAACUUUAGUUGAAUCCUAAGAAUACCAACCUUUGAGAGAACUUAAUCCUUAGCAAUAUAGGAAAUUAGUAAAAAAUAUUGAGAAUAAUAAGCAAGAAAUUGAUGUCUUUGAUUUCAUAGCAGACGAUGAAUAUAGCUAAGUUAAAAACUGUAUCUAUCCUAUAUUCUAAGAAUUUAUCAAAGAUUAUGUUAAGAAUAUUAAUAGGAUGUUUGAUACUGCUUAUAAUAAUGAUUUGCGUGCUGUUCUUAUUGAUAUGCUACUGGAUGUAUUAACUCCAGCCAAAGUAACCUCUAAUCAUACAGAAUUAAAUUACAAUCAAAAGGACGAAUUAAAUAAGCUCAUUAGAAACUGCUGUAUUUAUUUGAUUAUUUCUAUUCACGUAGAUGAUGCAAACGUUAACAUUUAAGAACUUGAGCAGCAAUUAAGAAGGGACAACAAUAAUUACAAGUAACAAAUUUGUGAUUAACUCAAGAGACUAAUAGAAUAAGUUGAUGACUCUUUGUUAAUUAAAGACAUAUAAUCAUAAUAAGAUGAUUAAUAAUCAAGAUAUGAUUAAUAUUUGAAAGAACAAUAUGAAAAAUAUAAUGAUGAAGUCGAUGAUUAUGAAGAUUUUGAUCAAAAUGAUGACGAAAUUACAUUCCCUCUUAAGAAGCAGUUUUAAAGAAGAUUGGAAGAAGCAAAAAAAUAAAUUAAUAAAUAAGGUUUAAAUUGA